AUGAAUGCCAAGACUCCAGCUGCCAGGGGCGCAUUCCUCUUGGCAACAAAACGUCAUGACACAAGGAUCCGAGGAGUGCCCCUUCUUCGCUACCGCACUAGCACAGUCUUCAACUUCUACACGGCCGGGUUAACCCCCAGCCAGGACUUCCGAUCGCACGAGCAUCAAACAAACCGCAUAUCCACGAUGGCAGUCUCCGCUACACUAUCCUUCCUCAUGGAGCAAUUCGACAAACGAGUCGCGGACAAACCUACGCGAGAGAAGUUCUACCAUGACGUGAUGGAGUUCUCAUAUCACCAGCCAUUUACCGCGGUAGAGACCGUCCAUAGCUUGUUCCAAGGCCAACCUGCUGACCGUGUGAUGGCAUAGGCUUUCGUGUUUUCGCAGUUCAUGUUCGCUCUACUGCCUCUGCUAGGAUUUCUAGGAUUCUCACUCGGGGUGGCAAUCAUCACAUUGGGAAUUUGCGGCUUCUGGAUCGGUGUCGGGCGUACGCUGCUCCCGGAGUUUAUACGCGGAUACGGAUAGCUAAUGAGCACCAACAGUUUGUGUCCUAUUUUCAACACUAGCUUUCACCGCAACCAUCGCGACCGUGGUCUGGCUGUGCGCAUGCGCGAGCUUCCUAUGUGCACGGUGGUUUAUGCAACUGAUUUCCGGGGCAUCGCCGGGGGCAAGGCAACGUGCAAUCAAGGGCUCGAACAAAAAGAAGGAGGAGAGGAUCCUCUGGGAAAAACUGGCCGCAGUCAAAAGGCCGGAGCGAAAUCCCCAAGAGAACACCCCACCGUACAGAGAAACGACCGCGAUCAAGUCUCCUGAUACCGCGGACGAAUCGGGCUCGGACAGCGGUGGUGGGAAAGGCAAUGGUCAAAAUGUGCUCACCCCGCCUGGAGGCGCGGCGCAAUCUCCGCUACUGCAAGCUAUGGGCGAAAGUGAGAAGCUGAGAAGGGACAUUGAGCGGAGUUUGAGAUAG